AUUAACCAAGAAUCAAAAUAAGGCAACUUCACUUGGCACCAAAAUUUUCCUGUAAAUAGAAAAUGGGCAGAAACUUUUCUCCCUAUGAAACUUCGUCGUUGGUUUCAGAGAACCUCUUUGUCUUUGUGAUUUGAACUCGACAACUGCCUGAGUUAGCUCACUGAGUUUCGAGUCGAAUUCAAUAUGCAGCGAUUGAGAAGUAGAGGGACCUCGAUUUUGGGUUCAGUAACUGUGCCCCAGAUCAAGAAAAAAGCCCUUAAUUCAUGGGCUGCUGUUCAAGACACCUUCUUUUCAACCAAGGAUACGUUUGAGAGGCAUAGAGUGGUGUUCACUAUCGGAACUUCGAUAGCAUCAGUUGCUACAGCUUGGAUUGGGUAUUCUAUUCGUCACCUUCAUCAAACCAAAGUAGAUCAGAGACUUGAAUCAAUUGAAAAAGCUUUGCAAAGCAGUUACCAGCUUGGACAUGCAGAAGUUGAAAAGCUUGUUGAUCCGGGAUCCAGUACUGCUUCUUUGAUGGCCACUGCUGGAACGACUUUAAUUAUUGGGUAUGGAAUGGGCUGGCGAGGUGGAAGAUGGUAUGCAACUAGGAAGUUCAGAAGGGAGCAGAUGAAAUUGGUAGGGCAGAUCAAACCGAGAAAGUGGCAGUUACUUGGGCAAAUAAAACCAAGAGGCUUGCAAUUCCAGUUCCUUAGAAGACCUUUAACUAAAUCCAAAGUGAUGCUAAAAGACAAUCCUACAACACAUACUUCUGGGGAAAUCCGUCAGUCUUGUUAGCAUUUUUAUAAAUUUGACUGCAGUUUUGAUAAUAUAUUUGAUGAUAAUUCUCUUUUGAAGAAAGAAAUGCCCAAAAAAUGUUUAUGUGGUUCAGGGCGACCUUGGUUUGAACUUUAUGAUGGUGGAUGAGAAGGAAAAUAAUUAGUUUCUUCGUUUA